AUGUCCUCCCACAGACGCGAAUCCGAGCAGCAGAGAUCGAAUACCAGCCCAGUGAACCGGGACAACCAAGACCAAGAGAAAAGGUCACGCGUAUUAGCUCAAAUAAAAGCCUUGGAAUCAGAGAUUGUUGAAUUGCAAACUGAAAUCGACGAGAGAAGAAAGGAACGAGAACGCGUUAGCCCAAUAAAUGACAUCAUAGAACAGUUGUUACGAAUAAAUGAUCACUCCUUAAGAUCAUCGAUAAAGCUAAAAACUAAAGAAGAGCUUAGGACAUCCUAUUCCAGGCUUUUACUCAGUAAAUAUGAAAUUCCAGUGACCGAUGAUGAUAUUAGAAGGUUGUCCAGCUUUACCAAGAUACAGUUCUCCAAGGCUACCAACCGAUUGGUAUCCGCCACUGGUGGACGCCACAUCAGGCACUAUAUGCUUUCAGGUAACUCGUACGGGCUAUAUUUUUCGGUUGACUUUGAUGUAGACGAAACCGAGCUAAGGGUUCAAACGCUGAGGAUAAACAUCGGAGAAAGCAUAAAAACUGAAAUAGCAGAGUUUGUAGAAAGUGUUGAGAACGAAUGUAACCUCCCUGGGUUCUUUAAGGGCUUUGUUCAAUACGCGAAAUUGAAUCAUCAGCGCACUAUGCUGUUUGACGCUCUAAAGAGAAAAUUCCCUGGUCUGACCACGUACGGUGACGAUGACUCUGACGUGAUCGAGGGAACUUCUGACUUGAAAGGAACUUCUGACGUGAUCGAGGGAACUUCUGACUUGAUCGGAGGAACUUCUGACGUGACCGAGGACAUGGUCAAGGACGUGAUCGAGGGAACUUCCGACUUGAUCGAAGGAACUUCUGACGUGACCGAGGACAUGGUCGAGGACGUGAUCGAGGGAACUUCUGACUUGAUCGAAGGAACUUCUGACGUGACCGAGGACAUGAUCGAGGACGUGAUUGAGAGAACUUUUGACUUGGUUGAGGGAACUUCUGACGUGACCGGGGACAUAAUCGAGGGAACUUUUGACGUGACCGAGGACAUGAUCGAGGACGUGAUUGAGGGAACUUCUGACUUGAUCGAGGGAACUUCUGACGUGACCGAGGACGUGACCGAGGGAGUGGGCAGCGAAAUACGCCAUUUAUUACGAUUCACCGUAAAUAGUCCCAAACAUCCCGAUGUAGUAUUUCUCUGGAAGAACAAAGUAUCAGACAAAGGGGAGAUAUUUCCUGAGGUACAAUUGUAUCCAAGGAUGCCAAAGCAGUGGCAUUUGCUGGAUGAGAAAAAUUUAAUAGACCAGAUUCCAUCAAAUUUUCAUAGCCUAGUAGAACUGAGCGGGGUACAAUCAGCUGUGGAAAUCAUGCUUAAAU